AUGGCGAGAACCAAUAGACGGCCAAUCAGCCAGAAGCAUCGAUGCUCACGCCUUGUGGAUCCACAAGGAACCCAUUCUUCUUCGGCGUCCUCAUCCGAUGAUACUGAUCAAGAGGAUGAUCGACAAACAACAACAACAACAACGCCUGAUCAGUACCAUCGGCCAUUAUACAGGUAUGAUACAGAUCAAAGAAGAAAAGGCAUGUUUUCUUCUUCCUCAUCAGCAACAUCAUCAUCAUUGGAUUGGAAAAAUCCAAUUCGUUCAUCAUUGAUGUUUGGACAAUCCUCCGCAUCGUCAUCCUCAUCAAGUAAUCCCUUUUCUGUGCGAUUUAGUGUUGAGAAUGUUGCAAUGGAACCUAUCAAUCCUUUUGUUACACCUUUUUCUGUUCCUACUUCUACCAAUGAUCUGAACAACAACGUUGUUGCUACCAAUCCAGAAGAGGCUUCAUCUUCAUCAUCAUGUCGUAAUACUAUUCGGAACAACAACAGCAACAACGUAAAAGCUUUGGAACCUACUUUCUCUGAUCAAACCAACAGCAAGAACAACAAUGGCAACAACACCACACUUGCUACUUCCUCCGAGAUCAUCAUGACCACCACCACCACUACAAGCCUUACUUCUAACUCUGUACCACCACCAACAAGUACCACUUCAACUAUCACUCCUAUCACCACGGAAUCAAAGGAUUUGCCUUCUCGUUAUGAUCAAACUUCAAGCACCACGACCUCAAAUACUUUGAAUGGCAACAGUAGUGUUCAAGCCUCAGAGUCAUCAUCAUCAUCAUUGGCUCCCUUAGUACUCGGAUCGUUGCCAACAACUUCUUCAGCAACAACGUCAACUCCCUCUUCAUCAUCCUCUCAAAGCACGACGACAGCAGCUUCAUCAAACCUUGGCAUGAGUGAAAGCAAUGUCACCACGAACAAUACUGCCCUUCUGUCCAAACCAUCAUUUGUUUUUGGCGGUGGUCUUUCCACUAGAUCCACAACAUCCACCAAAUCCACCACUCCGUCCACAAGUUCCUCUGUUGACAACAGCAAGAAAACCCCAUUUUCAAUUAUUGGUACUCCCUCCUCAACAGCCACGAGCCUAAACAAAGUUGACACGAACAACAAUCUCAGUACCUAUGAUGUGUUUGUGAACAAGAAAGACUUUUAUUUGGAGGAAACGCCAUUCUCUUUUUCGAAAUUGGCUUCCCAUGCCAAUUUCUCAUUUGGUACUCGCUUUUCCACUGUUAAUCCAAAAAAUUGUAUUAAGAAGUAUAAUCGAGAUUUACUCUUCGGAACCGAUGUUUUUGCCUUUAUUCCGUAUUUAGAGCUUGUGGUGCCAAAUUUCACACAUCAUGUUCUCCUCAAUCAGAGGCUCAUACAAACCCUUACAAAAUCAGAGCAAAAAUGUUUACAAUUUAUUAUUGAUUUCAUUGUAAAUAGAGAUGUGUAUGUACCUAAUCAAACUCUUUCCCUCCAUGACGUUAUCUCAUGUGCAUUUCUGGUGAACAGGGCAAAGGGAGAGCUUGUCGAAUUUAAAACACAAUACUUGAUAACACAGUUUAAGAGAGAAUUUUGUGACAAAUCCGCCAUCGACACUUUGGAAUUGAUUGAUUCAUAUUUGGAGAGAGAAAAGGAAGCUCCUAAAGAAAUAAUAAGUGGAUUUUUGCAACGAAUUCAAAGAUUUUGUUUGGAAUAUGUUGGAACAAAUUCUUCAUUACCAUGCUUUGACAUUGAAAAGGACCCACGAAUUGAAAAGUAUCUCGUCAAGAUUUAUCGAUUCAAGAAUGUAGCAUCACUCACUUGGACUGAACAAUCAAUUUGUAGUGCUGUCAAGAAGGAUCUUUCUUGUCUCUUCAAAGAUCCAAUAUUGUCAGAUGUGAAAAUCACCAUUGGUGAUGGAAAAUUCAUAGAAUGUCACAAAACAGUUCUCUCAUCAGCAAGUGAAUUCUUCGAGACACAAUUUAACUCCCCAGUAUUUACCGAUGAAGAGUGUGAUUCAAGACAUUUGCAAGAAAUUGGCGUAGAGCCACAUAUCAUGAAAUAUAUUGUCAAGUAUGCAUAUGAAUGCUUUGACCCAAUUUUGGUACCUUCUGUAGAUGCCAUUCCUCUGCUCAAGACAGCUCACUUGUAUCGAAUGAAGGGACUCGUGGAUGCAUGUUUGAGCAUUUUCAAUAGGAACCGACAAAGCUAUUUAUCCAUUAUUGACAGCCUGUCCUUCUAUUUAGAUGACCCCAUGCUCGAGCCUGUUCGUGAAAUGCUUAUUCAGGUGGGUGCUGCAAAUUUAGAGGCACUUUUUAAGACCUCAGAUUUAACCACAGAGGAAUUGAUGAAAAUUCCACAUGACAUGUUGGUGAAAAUUACUCAGCUCUAUUUUCAGCUCUCGAAUCGUCAUACCUUUGCUCUCACAUCUUCUUCUUCUCCACUCAAAACCCCUGAUAGCGGCACCACCUCAAAAACAUCCACAGCUGCAACAAACACAUCUGCUUCUGCACCCAUGAAUGUUUUUUACAGUUUUUAA